CUUGUUAGCUGUUGAUUUCGAAAAAAACGUAGUUUAGUAUUUUGUGGGAAUCUGGAGUCAAUUGAGAUGCACUCCACUCUACUCCAACCCGGGUUGCUUAGGUGGUGAGGGCAUGGCGCUCAAGGUCGGAGCUCCACAAGCUGCUGAGAUUGCGAUUGCAUCAAUUGGGCGUGGAUACGAUGUCUCCAUUGAUUUAAGGCUCAAGUACUGCAAAGGCGAGUCUCGAUUGAUUGAAAUCGACGACGACGGCGGCAUCAAAUGCGAUAAAGGAGAGCGCACCCGUUUCAGGUCCGAUGUUCUCUCUUUCCAACAGAUGUCGGAGCAUUUCAACCAGGAAGUUGGUUUGACCGGCAAAAUACCCUCGGGCCUCUUCAAUUCUAUGUUUGAAUUCUCAGGUUGUUGGCAAAAAGAUGCAGCCAACACUAAGACCCUUGCCUUCGACGGUGUCUUCAUCACGCUCUAUUCUGUCGCCCUCGACAAGUCCCACAUGCUACUUCGUGAUCAUGUUAAAAAGGCAGUCCCGUCCUCAUGGGAGCCUGCUACAUUAGCCAGGUUUAUAGAGACAUUCGGAACGCAUAUAGUUGUUGGUGUCAAGAUGGGAGGUAAGGAUGUCAUCUUUAUGAAGCAACAGCACUCUUCCACUCUUCAACCGGCAGAUAUACAGAAAAGAUUAAAGGACAUGGCGGAUAAAAGAUUUUUGGAUGGCAUACCGUCUGCUCAAGCUUACAAGAAUGACAAGUUUGAAAUCAGGGAGCAGAGGUUGCGGUUUGCAGAUAGUAGUCCAUCAAGUUCUUAUUCACACAAGGAAGAUAUUGUAAGCAUUCGCAAAAGGAGAGGCGGCAGUGAUAUUAAGAACCUGUCCCAUAAUGAAUGGUUACAAAGUGUUCAACUUGAACCUGAUGUGAUCACAAUGUCAUUUAUACCAAUCACCUCUCUUUUAAAUGGAGUCCCCGGGAGUGGAUUCUUGAGCCAUGCAAUAAAUCUUUAUUUAAGAUAUAAACCACCAAUUGAAGAGCUACAUCAGUUUCUGGAAUUCCAGCUGCCAAGGCAGUGGGCGCCAGUUUUUAGCGACCUUCCUCUUGGUCCACAAAGGAAGAACCAAAGCAAUACAUCUCUACAGUUUAGCUUAAUGGGGCCCAAGCUAUAUGUCAAUACUAGUCUGGUUGAUGUAGGAAAGAGACCGGUGACUGGUCUGCGGCUGUAUCUAGAAGGCAAAAGAAGCAACCGCUUGGCCAUCCACUUACAACACCUCUCCUCUCUUCCAAAAAUCUUCCAACUCGAAGAUGAUCCAAAUGGAAAUUUCCAUCAUGAUUCUUAUGAUCGUAAAUACUAUGAGAAAGUCCAAUGGAAGAACUUCUCUCAUGUGUGCACUGCUCCUGUGGAGUCGGAUGAGGAUCUUUCAGUAGUAACUGGGGCGCAGUUGCAGGUUGAGAAUUAUGGGAUAAAAAAUAUUCUCUCCUUGAGACUCCGCUUCUCUACUGUUUCCGGAGCUACAAUCGUAAAGCAUCCUGAAUGGGAUGGGUCACCAGGGUUGGCCCAUAAGUCGGGACUGAUAUCAACACUGAUCAGUCAUCACUUUACAACAGUUCAAAAGCCACCCCCACGACCAGCAGAUGUCAACAUAAACUCUGCUGUCUACCCUGGGGGCCCUCCAGUUCCCAUCCAAGCCCCGAGACUCAGGAAAUUUGUGGAUACAACAGAAAUGACAAGGGGGCCAGAGGAAACUCCAGGUUAUUGGGUUGUAUCUGGGGCAAGACUAGUUGUCGAAAAGGGCAGGAUAUCACUGCGUGCGAAGUAUUCUUUAUUGACUGUAAUAUUACCUGAUGAAGAAGAGUUGGAGGAACAUUAAGCUGAUAAAUUAAAAGAAAAAUAAAAUGAUAUAGGUGUCGAGGGCGGGGUAUUAUCAGAUAUUGAUGGGUUUUCCAAGGUUGUUGUAUUACUGUAAAUUUUAAUUUAUCUCGGUGUUAUGAAGUGGAGAUUUGUAACUGAACAAGUUCAUAGCAUGUGCAGUCAGGGUCAGUUCCAGGUAACUGAACAAGUUCCUGUGU